AUGGAGGAGCCACCGACUGAUGCUCCUGAAGAAGUAGAAAGCAUCCACGAUGACAACAGAUCUGCCGUCACAAAUGAUAAAGAUCAUAAGCAAGUAGCGGACGAUUUCUGCCCGAAGAAAUCCAGCUGUCGACAGCUGGUCACAAGGAGCCAGAGCAAAAGAGAAGUAGCCAAAAUUUCAGAUAGAAUUCCAACAAGGACUCGUGCAGAAAAAUCGGCAUUGGAUCAUUCUGGUCGAUGCAAGAAGGGUCUCCGAAACGCACCAGCUAGGCAAUUUCAAAAUUUGCGGAGCUUUGGAACCUCAACUCAACUGAAAGAUUCGAACUUCUCUAAAGUAUGCAAAGUAACGCCUACCAUUCCUGCAAAACCAAGUAAGACUGAACAAGAAUUGGCGGAAGAUUCUGAAGAAAUCGAAGAUGUUCCCGGUGAGGAUGAUAUUGUGGAGAUUAAGGAAACGCUUGGAAGUCACUUGGAAAAAUUGACAUCUACAGCUUUGACAACUCACGCACAUCCCAGAAUAUCACAGUCUGAUAUCGGGAGACUCCGAGAGAAUCUAGUGAAGAUCGACUUGGCUACCACUGAAGCAUACGAGCAGAAACUACCGAUCUUCCAUUUUCAAGUAUUGAAAGUACCACCGACAGCCAAAAAUGGUCUUGACAAGGAAUUAAGGAGGAAGGAGAGACAACGCAUAGCAUCGGCUAUUGACAGCACAUCUGAAGUGGCAUCUCCCCCGCCUGCGAAAUCGGAGAAGCCCAGGUGGAGUAAAGAAGUGUUAGAAGUCGAGAAGAGGUGGUCUGGAGAGUUCUUGGACAAUCAGCUGGAUCAGAAUUCAUCAGAGUCAUCGAAAUCCUCGUACGUGGAAGAGGCUGGGAGUGUAUCAUCUCACGAAAGUUGUUUGGGAAAUAAUCAACAAGAACCGAUCACACAGUCUGAUCCUGACGAAUCCCGAGAUGAUCAGAGAGAUUUAGAGAAUACUCUCACAACGAUAGACUCCAGCUCCUGCUUGGAAGACAGAAUCAAAGCUGUUGAUGAUGAUAUCAGGGGCGAACUUGAAGAGGAGAAUGAGAGGACAAUCGAGAGCAGUAGCUUGAAAGGGUCUUCACUGACAACUAGUCCAGAAGGAGAAGUCAGCAUUGAUUCAAGCUUCGAUCACCUCCAAGAUGACCUAAAAGAGACUGCAAACAACGACCUAGUAGACAAAAGUCGCGACUUCCUACAGCAGAAAGGAGAAAGAACGCCAACAAUUGACGGUUACGCAGAGUUGAUACAAGAAAUAAUCAUGGAACCCUGUUCUUCCAGCAAUAAAGAAGAAAAGAAGAAGAAGAGCGGCCUUCGUCGGCUCCUGCCAGGCCUCUUCUCCCCGAAAGACUCUCGAAAGGAUCACAGGAAGGACCACAAAGAACGAAAAAAACGCGACGAAAGACACUUCAGUCAGCACCAGCAGAACGGAAUCUACACGAGAUGCCCGGAUACCAUGAACUUGAAUGACGACAUAAAACAUAACGUCAAUUUGGACACCAGUUUGAAUGGUUCAAUAAUCGAGGAGAGGCUGAAUGAAAUCAAGCAAGAAUUGUUCCCCAAUCAGGGAAUUACGACAAGCACACCAGAUCAUUUCCUCCAGGAGAGAAGUUUGCAUCAAGAUCACAGAACGCCUAGAUUAUACGCUGCAAACUCAUCCAUCAGCUCGAUUGGCCCUGAAGACGGAUGGAUAGACCAGAACAUCAUAAGUGGAUCUCCAGACAUGAGAAAAUUGAAGCAGAAAAUCAGAAGCGACGACCGUAAAUGUAACCUGGAGCGUAAACACAGUCUUCAGGAGUCUCAGCCCGGAUUCUUCAGGAAUCAUGGACCAUCUGGUAGGAUUUCUGCUCCACCCUCUGAGCGCUAUCUCAUCCGCCCGCGUGCGGUGCAUCCCAUCGACCGCCCUCUUCCAGCGAUCCCGCAAAAACUUGAGUUCUCGAAUUAUCAGAAUCACGAGGAGAUCCUUAAACACGGAGCGUAUAGACAACAAGCCGUCAUGAAUUAUCAUGGUGAGGGAUAUUACUCUGGUAACCAGAAUUACGCGAAUCAAACAGAGCUGUAUGAGAAUGGAAAUCACAUCGAAAGCAUCGAAAUAAACAGGAAUCAAAGCAUCGAUUCCGGAUUCAAUUUGACACCGGUGUCAACCCAGGCGAAGCUCAAUCGUCAAUUCGUGAUAUCCCAGAACAGCGAGAAGAUUGGGGUCAAUGUUGUGAGAUCGUCUAAGUACUCACCAAACUCGAGUCAAAAAUCCGGGGACUACGCAGAUUCAAGUUACACGCCGAAUUCAAGUCAGAAGAGUGAAUUCUCUCCGGGCAGCUCCAAAAGUGGUGAAUAUUACCUGAACUCCCCUAGGAGCAGUUGUAGAAUGUCCCCAGAUACGAGUUUCAGUCGGGACCAGUCUAGUCAUGAAAAGACGCUCAUGCCGGAUGAUGGUUCAUCCACUAUGGGAGUUCCGACGACUGAUCAUCUGUAUGACGAAGCUCCUAGAUCUUUAUCGGUGAGUCCUCGUCAGGCCCAGUUGAAUGCAACUCAGGAAGUCACAUGCAUGCGAGCAUCGCCGAACAUUCCAUUAUCCACAAACCUUGCUAAGCUUCGAGCAAACGUUGAGGAAGCCUCAGACUCCGAGCACAAGGAGCAAACCUCCCGUCUUCCCUCACCCGUCCCCAGCUCCUGCUCCGUAGCCCUUUCACCAAUGCAAUCACCUGGUCAAAGGGACAAGUCUCUGCAGAUUUCAUCUUCUGUUGCGUCAGGGGAUCGCAGGGUUACAUCACCUCUCACCAUCUCAACGUUGGAUAACCAGAGAUUAGAGCCAAUGGAUAAUCAGAGCAGAUCGUGUACCCCAUUAACAUCGGGAAUGGUGCAAUCGCCAAGGGCUCCCAUCCAGACAAAGAGCCCCGAGAGGAAACGGAUCACGUCACCGAGCAUCUCACAAAUGAAGGCUUCCACUCCUGUGUUGAUAAUGCAAUCCAGGAAGGCUCACCCGAGCGACCAAAUCUUGAUAGCUUCACCAAAGACAGAACCCAUCUACGAUCAGCGAUCGCCAAACAGAAUGGACCCUAGAUUCAGAGGAUCGCCGGUAAUUAUGGCUGAUUCCCCCAAAAGAGUUCUGUCACCUAGGCAAAAGUCCCCGCAGGUUGCGGAAACCAUCGAUGGAAGUUCGUUGGCAAAUACGCGAGAAAUGUCUCACCAACCACCCCCUCAGGCCUUCCGAGAUGAGCCACAACGGUCUCUAUCUCCUGCAAUCCGACUGGCAAGUCCGGAAAAAGGGGUCAGAAAGCCUGAGCCAAUCUAUGCUGGGAGACCAACUUUUCAGAGAACAACUUGUCCUACAUCUGGAAAACCUAAAAGUCACGAUGGACCACUGGACACAUUGCUGAUUCGAACUGCCCCCGCAAAUUUCUCUUAUGAACCCUCGAAGAUUCCCAUGAAAGAAGGGCCUGAUCAGAAGGGUCGCAUGUCUAUACCCAGCUCACCAGAGAAAUCCGACAUACAACAGGCAGUUCCACCAGUUCAGAGAAGCCCAAAUGGCCCUCCCAGGAAUUUCGAAUCGCUGCAUCUUAGGAAGAAAAGCCACAGUCCUUCUCAUGAACGUCCUUACGCGGUAUAUGAUGAUAAUACUUCCUCUACUGAAAUGAUUUCCGGAAGAAAGAGUCAAUCUCCAUCAGUCCUUACGGUUCGAGUGAGAUCUCCAGGGCCUCAGCAUAUUGAACAGAAGUCGAUGCAGCCAGUUUACGCCAGCAGGCAGGAGAUCCAGAAUCAAGAGCCGAUUUAUGGUAAACGAGACGUGAACAGAGAGAAGAUUUAUGCACAGAGGAACGAGAAGCAGCAGGUCAUCUACGGCCAGAAAAUGUCGGAGCCGAUAUACGACCAGCAAUCUAAUAAACAGUUAUCCCCAUCGAAGUACCAAACCUUGCAGCAUCUGGAGGCAUUCUACUGGCAGCAGAAGGCUCUCGAGAGCCAGCGGACCUCCUCCAAUUCCCCGACAAUCUCGAAGCAAGAUCACAAAUCCGACAAACCAGAAGUUCGAGAAGCGAUCUAUUGGCAGCAGCUGAAGAAGCUUAAUGACGAACAGCAGCAGAAAAUUUUUGAGAGGAGUCAGUUCGAGGAGUGCAAAGGGAUCGCUAAGGAUAAACCUCAAGUGUCUCCUUCGAGGAUUCAAAGGAUAGAUCAACGCCAGGAGCAUCUGGAGCAGGUGUAUUGGCAGACGAAAGUACAGCGCAAGCAGCAGUUGACGUCUAAACCCCCUAUAGCUGGACAGAAAGUGCAGAACCAACCGGUUCUGGUGGUGAGGCCUCAGCAGGCACUUCGUGAGCCAAAUGAACUUGUCAGUCAAAGAUCCAAGAGUGUCUCCCCUCACUUCGUUCGAGGUGACGAACGACGAAGCUUACAGCUGCCUAAAAAAACUGCGGAAAGAGUUGAUGAUGGGGGAUUUGCAGAGUACCGAGUAGAUCCUUCAUCUCGAAAACUGGCAACACCACCGAUUUAUGAUGACACUGAUGAUCGAAAGAAUCCCCCACCGAUCUUCAAACGUGGCAGUUUGAUAAGUAACUCCAACAGUUCCGUUGAUUACGGUACAAUGGGAACGAAACGAGUGAGUUUUUCGAAUCAGUCAGAUUCACCGGAGAUCGGCUCGGGUAAUUGGCCAACGAAGCAUGGAAUGGCUCCUGAACCACCGACCAGGAGACAUAGAGCUGAGGACAGAACGUCUGACACCACCGAUCUGGCUUUUGCGAGGGUUCAGGAGGAGAACCAGAACAAUGUUAAUAAAAGUGCGAAUGAUAUUUAUGGGAGUGUAUCGGGACAGACGGAAGGGAUUCAAGAGACUGAGUUUGAUGCUAAGCCAUUACCGCCGACGCCUGUUGUUAAUGUCGUGAUGAACAGGAGCAACAGUAUGAGGGACAGGAGACAGCAGAGGAUGGAAGCUCAACGAGCUCACGUUUUGGAGAACCCGAGGAGAUGGGUGAGGGCUAGCGAGAGUGAGAGCGGAAGCGAGACUGGUGAAGUUCAGAGGAUUCUCCAGCGCCGUAAUGAAGAAGAGUGGAACCCGGGUGGUAAAGGGCGCCAGUCCGAUGACACCGGUGGAUCAGGCAGAGCGGAGGGUGAGGGGGGCUCGAACGAUCUUCCCGGCGGGCGUAGAAGCGGCGUCAUCGGAGUUUUGGGUAACGUUGGGGUAGCAAGGACAAGCGGUCCACUGGGGGGCGGCGGUGGCCGUUCGAGGGACGAGCCAAGACGGCACACCCUCAGCGGUGAUCACGCGCCCUCCUUGCAUCACCAGCAAUUUAACACCCAACAGUUACAUCCCCUUCAUCCCCAUCAUCUACCACCACCACACGGGCAGUACGCUACACCACCCAGACACGGAACCAUGGACCUGGAGAUGGGAACCAAGUCUCGCCAGCGAAAGUCUCCUCUUCCAAGAGGCUACCCGCCUCCAUCAACGGCAAUGCUCUUCGAUGAUGAUCCGGGUAUCAUGUCGGAGGUGGAGACCUCCUCAACAGGAUUCCGACGUGGUGGAAAACAGCGGAGUAGUCUCCCAGUGGUACGAACACCGAGCAAAACUUUGGAGCGACCACUGGGCGACUCCCUAGGACUGGUGUUCCUGCAGUACAGGAAGGAGACGAAGAGGGCUCUAUUGCCGAAUGAAAUAACGAGCAUCGAUACAGUUAAAGCACUCUUCGUCAGAAGCUUCCCGAAGCAGCUGACAAUGGAGUACUUAGACAGCCCCGAUGUCAAAGUUUACAUUCACGACAGUAACAAGGACAUGUUCUACGAGCUGGAAGACCAUCGAUCCCACCUACGAGACAUCAGGGAUCGAAGUGUUCUCCGACUAAUCGAGAAGAGUGAUAUUGUGGGAAUGCCAGGGCCCCUCCAGGGGGUGCCAGUAGGCGGUCAGGGAUUGCCACCCCACUGGGAAGACCAGAGUUACUUCAGUGAGCCUGAAUUCGACAGUGAAUUCCAACACCAGCACAUCCACAAGAGCAAGACGGCGAAAAAUUCCACCUCGGGAAGUUAUUACAUGGGCGGAAGCAGUACGUUGCCCAGAGGUGGACCAAUCAUGCGAGCCUACAGUCCAGCAGCCCCUGCUGUCCUUGCGGGACCAAAUGCAACCCCAGCCCAACCGAAGACCCUGGGCACGCCAGGUGGUGGAGUGGCACCAGCCAAGCCGCUCCGGGGAUACCAGUGCGGUAAGACGCCCCUUGGCAGCCUAGGGGGCUCGGCACGCUUCUCUAGAGACAGCUCAGUAUCCCUUUAUAGUAUACCAGAUCGUCUUCAUGGAGAAAGCGGGUACAUGAGCAGUCCGGAGCGCAGUGGUGGGGUAGGAGCUGGAAUUUCGAGGUACCCAGGUUACAGCACGCAAAGCAGCUACGAGGAGCCGUACUAUUCGCAAUAUUCCGGGACAGUUACGCCAGUAAUCGACGAAGAGGCCAGCGAUACAGAACUGUUGGAGGAAUCGUACAGUCUGUAUGGGGUUAAACCACCGGGUCGUCCACCUUCAGGUCCCCCACGAUCCCCGUUCCCUCCAGGGGCGUCCGCACUACCCGGGCAGACCUACGACGUAACUCGGAUAAGGGUGGAACACAUGGAAAGACAGCUUGCUAAUUUAACUGGUCUCGUGCAAAAGGCCCUAACCCACGCGCCACACACCAGUCCAUCACCCAGGGACUACCUCCAAGUCCCAGCUGGACGUGAUCCCUACGCGAGAAGUGCAGGCGCCGGGGAUGAGUUCGACAAACACUCUAGCUCCAGCUCUGCCUCACUGCCAGAUUUUUCUUCUCCACCUGCCGUUACAGAUGACUCCUACCUAAGGACUGACGUUAAGCCACCGAAAUUAGGCAAAGACAAGUCGGUGUCGUUCGAAAAAUCGGUUUCGUUCAGCGACGAGCCACCAGACAUGAACUCACCAAAACAACACUCACCUCAACAUGCAGCGGAUACAAAGCCGACGAAACCAGCAAUCAAGUCAUCCACUUUGCCAAGGAUGUCUUCGCAAGAACGUGAUCGUCAUAAACCUAAUCUACCCCCUAAACCUGUAGCCCUUGCCGCUGGCGGCUACGUUUAUCGAGAUUUGGCCCUCACUCCUGAAAUGUAUAAUCAACUGAGAGGUCUGCAGAAGAAGGCUAAGGACCUCCGCCAGGAAGUUCGCAAUCUCAGGCGAAUGUCGCAGGCGCAAGCCCACACUGUUAGAGAAACUAUUAGGGACACUUUCAUCACAAUUCGAGCAAUGUUAUUAUCGGGAGGUGAUGGGGCAUGGGCUGCUGGGGACUCGGAAAAAGUAAGAUUGAGCCGCGAAGAGGACCUCUACAAACAAGAAAUGAUAAGGCUGGAAAAAGAUCUCACCGAGCUAGAGAGUACGGUGGAGGAACUACGGGGAAAUGUAAUAAACCGGAAGACACGUGUCAACAUGUCAGACGUUGAAAACAUGGCGUUAAUUCUGAGUAAAUCCAGUAAAACGGUAGCAGAUCUCAAGGUGCGUUUUCCAAGCCUCCAGGAGGGUAUGAAAGGCCUCCUGAGUUCCGAAAUGGAGAAAGUAGUGCGGGAGGAGAAAUUCCUCAAGGAAGAACCAGAACGACUUGAGUCUGCUCUUAAGCGAUGCAAAAAACUUACUGGUACCCUCGUCACGCUCAAACGCUUGGCCUCGGUGCAAGAGCAACGAUUACCAAACGCAGUGAGCCUAGACUCCGAAGAAACACCACCAAUAACCCCAACAUCAGCCCAACACUCAAAGACAACUGCCCCUGUGCCAGCGGAACGCACUGUCCUGGGGUCAGCGGGCGUCAUCGGGGGAGGGUCCCACCCUGGUGAAUCAUCCGCCCCCCAUCAGCAGCGUCCGGAGAACGCACUCGACGCUCUGCUAGACGAGCUCCAAACCUUCUCUCGGCCAUCAUCCCAACUAUCCCAAGUGUCCACCACAAGUAACACGACAAAUCAUAUUCCAAAUCUCCUUGAAAUCGGUAGAUCCUCGUCGCAGAUAGUUCAAUCGAGCAUUCGUCCCCCAAAUAUAUCAGAGAUCGGACGAAAGGGAAGUGUAGACUCGUCAGCAAGUUUGGCGAUUAUUCCGACAAGUACAACACUCCGUAGAUUGCACUCGUACCCAUCGAGUUCUGAUACAGACACAUCGCCACCGAUAGCAAGACUACAGGUGUCGGACGGGACAGCAGCGGCGCCGCAGAAGCCUCCGGUACCGGAGCGAAAUGCCGAGCUACUGCAACUGGCGACGGCUAGGCGAGUGCCUCCGCCACCGCCUCCUAGAACAAGCUCUAGAUCGCCGCUCGCCAGUCCAACGAGUCCGCAAUUGCCGCCGAGAAAUCCAACAGGAACAUUGAGAAGAGGUCGGCCCAACGCCAAGGACAGCGGAAAGCCGCCGAUGGCGCUGCCUCCUGGAGCGGCUCCAGGCGGUCCCGAUGAUUCCGGACAGAAUCAAACUCAGAACAACAUACUCUCCACCUCGAACUCCAGCUCCUGCGAGAGCAUCAACUCUCAGGAGGGCAUGCAGAACAAGAAAGGGAGGCAGGAACAGCUGGAGCAACGUCAUCAGGAGCUACUCAGGAAGCAGAAGGCUCUUCAGGAGCAGUACGCAAGGCUUCAGCAGCUCCAGAGAAACACCUCGGGACUCGCCACUGUACCACCAACUCCUCCUGAUCUGCUCAAGAAAACUGGCUCUGAGAGCAAUCUUCUCGCUAAAAUGGGUCUGAGCAUGAGCGCUGCCAAUUCGGGGUCUCUAACGAGCCUCACAACUCCCAAGAAUGACAAGGAAACGACGGUUAAUGAUAAUCAGGGACAGACUACGGCUGUUGGCAAUCAAACUACAACAAGUAAGAUUUACGAAACUGAUAUUCUGUGACCGAUAAUCGAGACGUAUUGGUCCUGUCAGCUUAAACAUUUUAAUGAUCAUUUCGUUUCAAUGUCGGGAGUGCAUUUUAUUUCCUCAUGAGGAUGGCCUCAUGCCCUUUUUGGUAGGGAAUAUGCGGAGAAGAUUGGGCGAAGUGAGGGAAGUCUUUAAAUCGUUAUGAAGUUUCAUAUUAUUAAUCGUAAUGGUAAUUGGGUGGAUUUUUUCUCACUCAGUAAUUGUGGUAGCGAAUUAUCAUGUUGCGAUCUUCCAGGUAGAAGUGAAAAUUUGUUGCUUUAUGAUAUUAUUGAGAACUGAGAAUGUUUUUUGGGAAUUUGAGGGGAUUCAGUUUAAUAGGAAAUUCGAAGGCGUUGAAAAUUUUUCGCUGAAUUUUCCGGUAAGAGUUGUGAAAUUUUUGGAUAAGUCACAUUUCCAGUGAAAUUUCAAGGAAUGUUGUCAUUGAUAGUUCAUAAUUUCAUGCAAAAAUGCGUGGGAACUGCAAAUUUUACGGUAAUUAUUCCGGGAAAAUCGGGAAAUUCCCUGAAAAUUUCUGGAAUGCCGAGAAUAUAUAAAGGAAUUCCCUUAUGGAAGAAACUUGAAAUUCCAUUGACUUUUUUUCUUUAAGGAUAUCCAAGGACUUUGGCUAUUUUUUCUCUC